AUGAAGCUUCUCUUAGCGUCCCGAUAUACUCUCUACAUAACGUUAUUAUUUGUCCUGUUAGUGCAUGCUACACUGGGAGAAAAGGACAUGAACAAUCAAGAUUUCGCUGAAACAGAACAUGCAGCCAGGGCAAUUAGGAAGCUAUUAAAUGGUGAAAUAGAUACUAUCAAAUUAGAAAAUGGCAAUGAACUAAAAAUAAGAUCAGGAGAUGACAAACAUGAUGCUCAUAAGAGAUAUAAUGACAAAACUGACUAUGCAUUUAUAGACAACUCCGAAGAAGAAAACGUUCAAACACAUUUAUUAAGAACAAAUGAAGCCGCAGAAGAAGGAAGCCAAAUAAUUGAAGAGCAAGAGGAUUUCUACAUAUUAGACAACGAAAGCAUUGAGCCAUAG